UAUGCAUAUGCACAAAUUGUACCUUAGGUGAUCCCCAUCAUCUAGGGAACAGUAUAAAAACUCUCCCAGUCCAGGGCUCUUCAUUCCACUUUGCGUGCUUUAUUCUCCCCCGUGAAGAGGACCUCCAUCCCUACAAGAUGUCCUGCUAUGAUCUGUGCCCCACCUACAACAGUGGCAUCAGCUGCCCCCAGCCCAUCGCUGACAGCUGCAAUGAGCCCUGUUUCCGGCAGUGCCCUGACUCAACGACUGUGAUCCAGCCACCCCCUGUUGUCGUCACCUUCCCCGGCCCCAUCCUCAGCUCCUUCCCCCAGGAUUCAGUUGUGGGAUCCUCCGGAGCACCCGUCUUUGGGGGUUAUGGGGGCUCCCUAGGCUUUGGGGGCUCUUCCCUGGGCUAUGGGGGUCUGUAUGGCUCUGGGGGCUCUUCCCUGGGCUAUGGGGGUCUGUAUGGCUUUGGGGGCUCCUCUCUGGGCUAUGGGGGCUUGUCUGGCUAUGGAGGCUCCUCCCUGGGUUACAGGGGCCUGUCUGGCUAUGGUAGAUCCUUCGGUUCUGGCUAUUGCAGCCCUUACACCUACCGGUACAACAGAUACCGCCGUGGAAGCUGUGGGCCCUGCUAAACACAACAAGAAAAUCCACUGAAUAAAGUACCUGUGAAAAACAAAAUGCAUAUUUGCCCGCAAGUAGAGGAAUGUCAGCUUUGUGCAAGCACUUGUAAAUCCUGUUCAGUGCUUUGCCUUCUGCAGGCUCCAACCUCUCCUUUUUUCCUUUGAAUUCUUCUCUGAUAUCUUCAUGGGUUCAGUUCCUUGUUAUCUUCUAUGUUAUCAUACUGGUGUCUGAAUGCAGUGAGACAUGUAACUUGGUGUCUUUCAAAAUGCAUUUGACUCUGACAUCUUGGAUAUACAUUCUUGAUAUUGUGAUAAGUUUGUUCUUUUAAUUCUCAUUAAAAUUCCAUUGCAUCAUUUAAAAUAA